AUGGCAACCAAUGUGGCUGCAUCAGUUAAGCUUUACGAAGAUCAUGGUGGAGAUCAAGGUGGAAGUUAUGGUGGAAAUCAAGGUAGAAAUUAUGGUGGAGAUCAUGGUGGAGAAAACGAGAAGUACCAAACUCACAAGGAUCACAAUGAUCAACCACCGGAGGAGGAGCAUCCCUGGCACGACAAGUCACCUCCAUACUACUACGAGUCUCCGCCACCACCAUCUUCAUCACCUCCAUCUCCAGACUGUAACACGUCGCCACCACCACCAUCUCCAUCACCUCCACGUCCAUACUACUACACGUCGCCACCUCCACCAUCACCGUCUCCACCACCUCCUUAUUACUAUAAAUCACAACCCCCACCUUCACCAUCUCCACCACCUCCUUAUUACUAUAAAUCACCACCUCCACCAUCACCAUCUCCUCCUCCUCCAUACUAUUACAACUCUCCACCUCCACCAUCACCCUCCCCACCUCCUCCUUACCUCUACAAGUCACCGCCCCCGCCAUCUCCAUCUCCUCCUCCACCUUAUUAUUACAAUUCUCCACCACCACCAUCUCCAUCCCCACCUCCUCCUUACUACUAUAAAUCACCGCCACCCCCAUCUCCAUCACCUCCACCUCCCUAUUACUACAAAUCACCACCGCCACCAUCACCUUCUCCUCCUCCACCAUAUUACUACAAAUCCCCACCACCACCAUCACCUUCUCCUCCUCCUCCAUAUUACUACAAGUCACCACCACCACCAUCACCUUCUCCUCCUCCUCCAUAUUACUAUAAGUCACCACCUCCACCAUCACCAUCUCCACCACCUCCUUAUUUCUACAAAUCACCACCACCACCAUCACCAUCCCCUCCUCCUCCAUACUACUAUAAGUCCCCACCUCCACCAUCACCAUCCCCUCCUCCUCCAUACUACUAUAAGUCACCACCACCACCAUCACCAUCCCCACCACCCCCUUACUACAAAUCACCACCACCAUCACCACCAUCCCCACCACCACCCUCACCAUCCCCUCCUCCUCCAUACUACUAUAAGUCCCCACCUCCACCAUCACCAUCCCCUCCUCCUCCAUACUACUAUAAGCCACCACCACCACCAUCACCAUCCCCACCACCACCACCACCCUCACCAUCCCCUCCUCCUCCAUACUACUAUAUGUCCCCACCUCCACCAUCACCAUCCCCUCCUCCUCCAUACUACUAUAAGUCACCACCACCACCAUCACCAUCCCCACCACCUCCUUACUACAAAUCACCACCACCACCAUCACCAUCCCCUCCUCCUCCAUACUAUUAUAAGUCCCCAAAGCCACCAUCGCCAUCACCUCCUCCUCCAUACUAUUACAAGUCUCCACCCCCACCAUCACCAUCCCCACCUCCUCCUUACUACUACAAGUCACCACCCCCUCCAUCUUCUCCUCCUCCUUACGUCUACAUAUACAGUUCUCCACCUCCACCAUGAUCACCAGCCCCAUCUCCUCUUCCCCCAUACUUCUAUAAGUCAGCACCUCCACCAUCUCCAUUACCUCCACCACGCCUUCUUUAUGGUAUCCACCACCUUAUUACUACUAGUCUUGCCUACUUUGAACCCCUCAAUAGUCAUCCAUAUUACUAUAAAUUACCUCAUCCAUAUAAAUGCUAA